GUUCGUUCUCAUAUCAGUACUUUCUAUUCUAAAGUGUAAAAAAAAAAAAAAAAAAAAAUACAAGUUUAUGAGUAGGCAUGUGAUGUUGGGGAUGCGGGUGGCGGCAGUGGUGGUGCUAGGUUUGGUAGUCUCACCUGGUGAGUCACUGACCUGCACAUCACAGAAAUUCACAGACAAGGUUUACGCCAACUGCACCGAUCUUCCAUACCUGGGUGCCUAUCUAUACUGGAAUUACAAUGCCUCCAGUGCCACACUGUCGAUAGCCUUCCUGGCCAAUCCACCCCAAGCCGAUGGCUGGGUGUCGUGGGCCAUCAAUCCCUCAUCCACCGGGAUGGUUGGGUCCCAGGCCCUGCUGGCCUACAGACCCAACAGCUCCAUCCCGACCGUGAAAACCUACAACAUCAGUUCCUACAACUUCUCGUCGUCCGGGACCAAGCUGUCGUACGAUGUGUCGGACAUCAGCUCCUGGUUUUCCGACUCGACUAUCAUGAUCUUCGCCACAUGGAGGCUCCCGGAGAAGACUGAGAAGGUGAACCAUGUUUGGCAAGUGGGUCCCGUUAGUCAAGGAGUCCCUGGGCCCCACUUAUUAAAACGUGAUAAUCAUCUAUCCACUGGGGUUCUACAACUUCUGCCGUCGUCGGGUUCUACAGAUCAAAACGGAACAUUUCCACCAACACCAGCACCAGCACCACAAACAGGUGUUGGAGAUUUCUUCUCUGAGAUAUCUACUCAAUUUGUGUAUCAUUUAUUAUUAGCAAGCCAAUAUGGUUUUGCUCUACAAAGCAUCUCACGUCUGCGUAGUUCUAAACUUUUGGCUUUAUUUUUAUUUUGCAGAUCAAAAUGGAACAUUUCCACCGCUACAGUGGUUGAGUCUUCUCUUGAAAAUUUCUUCAGUGUUUCUUAUCUGUUCUACCUUUUGCUGUAUGGGGUCAAAAGUUAUAUGCCAAAUAUGGGCUUUAGUGUUAUUUAUGAUAAAGUACCACUUAUUUCAAAAGUUUAAGCUAGACAUAGGAUUUCAGUUCAGAAUCAGUUACUC